UAUUUUCAAUUCCAAAGUUUCUCUGGAGCUCUCUGUUUUUCUCUUUAUUUCUUGGAAUUCUUAUCAAAUCGUUAAUGGCAAGGACGAGCAACAAGAACAUACAAGCGAAGCUGGUACUUCUUGGGGACAUGGGAGCUGGGAAACCAAGCUUGGUUUUGAGAUUUGUCAAAGGCCAUUUUUUUGAUUUUCAGGAAUCGACAAUUGGAGCAGCCUUCUUCACUCAGGUUUUGUCACUAAAUGAAACCACCAUAAAGUUUGAUAUAUGGGACACAGCAGGACAGGAAAGAUACCAUAGUUUGGCUCCUAUGUACUAUCGUGGUGCAGCCGCUGCUGUUGUGGUCUAUGAUAUAACAAGCUCGGACUCAUUUGAGCGUGCCAAAAAAUGGGUUCAGGAACUGCAAAGACAAGGAAAUCCAAAUUUGAUAAUGUUCUUGGUAGCAAACAAGGCUGACUUGGAAGAAAAGAGAAAAGUGGGAAAUGAGGAAGGUGAACUAUAUGCCAAAGAAAAUGGCUUGACUUUCCUUGAAACAUCUGCAAAGACUGCACAAAAUGUCAAUGAACUCUUUUAUGAAAUAGCAAAGAGGUUGGCAAAAGCUGCUCCUUCUCGGCCAACUGGAAUGAAAUUGCACAGCAGACCGCAAGAAAAUGGAAGAAGGCUCUUCUGUUGCUCCUGAUAAUAUGAAGGCUAGCUGUAUACACGUCAUCGAAACUGAAGAUUAAGCUGCUUUCUGGAGUAAUUCACUUUGAUGAAUAUCAGCUGUAUGUACACAGCACAAA